AUGUCUAGCUCAAUUUUCGUAGAAAAUGAAAGCUCCCCAGCUUUUUGUGCUGGCACUAAUUUAGCGUCCCCGGACCAACCAAUUGCCUUUUGGGCUCGUCCCGGAAUUAUGAUGACCGAAGACAGACCUUGUCUAGCAGUUUCGUCUAAUUCAUUCUACCUCGGAAUGACUCUUAACUUUGAGAUCCUAGUCUUCGCGCUCAGUUUCCCAGUGCUCUUUUGCGACUAUCUCGUUUCAGAUGAGCUCAACUCAAGCGUCCAGUUGAUGCGUCCGUACACAAGACGAAGGUCUGCUAUAGCACACAAAGCACAACCCUCAGCAACUAGAGAGCAAGAGGCUUUGUAUGGCAAAGAGACGCGAAGAUGUGUGGAUGGUGUUUUAACCAGUGUUAUGCGUCUUUUCAUUAAAAAAACGAUACUUCCACGCCACUCACGCCCUUGA